AUGAUUCAUCCAUUUUCUCUAUCGCCCUCACUUCUCACUCUGAACACUCUUGCUGGUAAAAAAGCUGAAUUAUGCAUCCAGACAUAUCCCAAUUUACGAAUUACGUGUGCUACUGCUUACGAGCGACGUCUUCCACUCAACGAGCAUCAAUGUGGUGAUCUGUGCUUGAAAGUGUCCGCCCGAACAUGUCAAUACAACAGAAUGAGAAGGAAAUCAUGCGUACCAUCCAUAACACCAGCAAUUGGCUCCCUCGUACUCCUAAGCGAUCAUUGUAACUCGGGGCUACCGAGUUACGUAACUGGGGACGUUACUUCCGAGCGGCCAGCACAUAUUGCACCGAGUGACAAAAAGACUACCAAUGUAGGUGAACGGGGAAAGUCCGUGGAGAGAGGCAAUAAGUCAAUAGUGAAUACAUCCAAAUCGAAAGCAUCAGCACUUUACUACUACUCUCCCAGAAACGAACAACAGCAUCAUUUCCGGGCUGCUGCCGGUCUAUCCAACAGUGCAUUAGAACAUAUUAUUACAAAACAUAAUCAAAUUGUGCACCUGGUUUUUCGACUUAUAUUGAGCGACCGAUGGUGUUCAAGCGAUUGA